AAUUAAGGGGCUGAUUAAAGUGAGGCUGACCCUGAAAAAUGAACAGUAUUCCAUCCACACAAGACAGAAAGCUCAGGAGACGUUAUUAGUCAUGGUCCCCACCCAAUGACAGUGACUUGUCAACCAUGGAGAUGCUGGCUGUGAUGAUGGAGUGGAAAUGAGCCCCAGGCCAGGCACCCACCCAGCUCCACCCUGAGCAGCUGCAUGUGGUUGAGCAGGUCCUUUAACUUCUUUGGACCAGCCUCUUUAAACUGUCAGUAAAAUUGUCAUGAGGAUUAAAUGAGGCUCACCUGUUCCUAGAGCAAUGUCUUCCCAGCAGCAGCAGCAGCAGCAGUGCCCGCCCCAGAGGGCCCAGCAGCAGCAAGUGAAGCAGCCUUGUCAGCCACCCCCUGUUAAAUGUCAAGAGACAUGUGCACCCAAAACCAAGGAUCCAUGUGCUCCCCAGGUCAAGAAGCAAUGCCCACCGAAGGGCACCAUCAUUCCAGCCCAGCAGAAGUGUCCCUCAGCCCAGCAAGCCUCCAAGAGUAAACAGAAGUAAGGAUGGACUGGAUAUUACCGUCAUCCACCAUCCUGGCUACCAGAUGGAACCUUCUCUUCUUCCUUCUCUUCCCUCCAGCUCUUGAGCCUACCCUCCUCUCACAUCUCCUCCUGCCCAAGAUGUAAGGAAGCAUUGUAAGGAUUUCUUCCCAUCGUACCCUUCCCCACACAUACCACCUUGGCUUCUUCUAUAUCCCACCCCGAUGCUCUCCCAGGUGGGUGUGAGAGAGACCUCAUUCUCUGCAGGCUCCAGCGUGGCCACAGCUAAGGCCCAUCCAUUUCCCAAAGUGAGGAAAGUGUCUGGGCUUCUUCUGGGGUUCCACCCUGACAAGUAGGGUCACAGAGGCUGGUGCACAGUUUCUGCCUCAUUCCUCUCCAUGAUGCCCCCUGCUCUGGGCUUCUCUCCUGUUUUCCCCAGUAAAUAUGUGCCUCAUGUAAUAAAUGUGUCUGCUUCCUGGGCUAAC